CUAUCCCGUCCGAAUUUGCAAAGACUAUUGGAAUGGAAGACGACGAAGAUACGUUCGUAACAAUUGGUACUCCUUUGGAGUUUAUAGACGAAGAUGACCCGAUCAAAAAGCCACAGAAAGAACUGCAAGCAGUUGGGGUGGGCACGAAGGCCAGACCUCGCUUUCACGGUGCAUUUACAGGAGGCUUUUCAGCUGGAUAUUUCAACACAGUGGGCUCCAAGGAUGGAUUCACACCAUCAAGUUUUACAUCUUCAAAAGAAAAGAAAAAUGAAUUUUCAACGCAAAGACCAGAGGACUUCAUGGAUGAAGAAGACUUUGCAGAGCAUGGAAUAGCUCCAAGAAAGUUUCAAACAUCUGACUCGUUUGUCUCAGAAGACAGAAAGAGACAAAGAGAUCAAGCCAUCAAGUCAGCUACUGCGGACACUUUGUUAGGAUCAACCACUGCACUGGCUGACCUAAUUGUGCCAGAAAGACUGACAAUAGGGGUUAAACUUCUUCGCAAGAUGGGCUGGAAAGAAGGCCAGGGAUUGGGUCCACGUUACGAGAAAAAAGCAAAAUCAGGGAAAAGUUCUAAAGAUUCUCAGAGAAAAGUGUACGGUUGUUCUUUACCACAAGAAAUGAGUGAGGAAUCUGAUGAGGAAAUCCCCGAAAAUGUCACCUUUGCCCCCAAAGAUGUCAAUCCCGUAAAGAUUGGAGCUAAAGACAAUGUGCAUGGUAUAGGGUAUCGUGGUCUUGACCCUAGAAAGGCCCUCCCCGCUACUCAUGUGAGCCUGUUUCCUGCCCCAGCCAUCACAAAGACAGGCAAAAAGGGCAUCAGAGGCACCGCAUUUGGAGUUGGGGCUUUGGAAGAGGAUGAUGAGGAUGUCUAUUCACAGGAUCAUCUGUCCAACUAUGACAUGACGAUGGACAUAGAGGAGGACAUUCACAUGGGAUGGACUGCUCCAGGGAGGGGCAAGAAACAAGCUGUUCCAGUAGGAUAUGUGGGAAAUCUUCUAGAGGGGUUUACAUUGUCAGGAAAGAAACUGCCACCAAGGAAAAUAUUUCCUCCUCCCCACCUACCUAGCAACUACAAACCAUUGCACACAUUUAGAAAGGAAGACACUGCUCCAGUGUCUCAUACCAACACAGAACAGGAUGCUGUUUCAAGGGGGCUAACUCUUGGGGAAACACCUGUUUUUGAGUCAGUAUUUGAUCUGAUUCCCCAGAAAGAUAAAGAUAGAUUAAAUGCGGCAAAGUCCAGAGCAGAAGGCACCAUAGAUGUUCAGAGUUCCAGUAACACUGAGAAGGAUUCUUCUGAUUCUCACAUUCACACAAGUCAGUCUACUAGUGUAUCUCCUGCAGUCUCUGUCAUGGAAAGUACUGCAGGAACACAGCCUUCCCCAAUGGCUACCAUCAAAGAACCCUCAAAGUUGGGGACUUUACAGUCAUCACCUCACACCGGCAGAGGUGCCGUCUUCAGUCCAUUCGUGAAAGAUCCUGAAAAACAAAGGAGAUAUGAUCAGUAUAUCAGCCUUGUCAAAGAAGGAAAUCCAGACGCUUAUGAACAUGUUGCCGGGAGUCACAUGACUGAAUGGGAAAGAGAGAGAGAGAUGGAGGAGUUUAGUAAAGCUGCCAGGUUUUACAAACCCAUGACCAGCAUGAUGGCAUCACGCUUCACCCGAGCCAAGUUCCAUGACGAUGAAGACAAAGUGGAGAUGCCUGCUCAAGAGGAGGGAAAUAGGAAUGAUCGUCAAAGUGCUGCCAAAAUGAAGAUGUAUGGAGCAUUGACUCGUGAUUCCUACGAGUGGCAUCCUGAUCGAGUGGUGUGCAAGCGCUUCAACAUCCCAGAUCCUUACCCAGGGUCAACUAUUACUGGUGUUCCAAAAGUAAAGAGAGACAAGUAUUCAGUGUUUAACUUCUUGAAUUUUACCUCCAAUGAACCAAUAGAGGAGAAAUCUGUGUCACAGGAGAGUGAAAUGAAAGCACUCCCUGCCCCAGAAACCAAACAAGAUAAAGCAGAAAGUGUAUCAUUCAAGAUAACCGCAAAAUCCCAUCCAAAGAUGACCACUUCUAUCUUCUCCUCUCUGAAUGAGGAGAAACCCAAAGGCUCCUCCUCAGAAAACGUGCAGAAAGAGGAAGAGGCUCGACCUUCCAUGGACCUCUUUGAGGCCAUUUUUGGCAACACAGAUUCUGAAGACUCAGAAGAGGACACCCCGAAAGCAACCAGCAACAUCUCAAACAGUCCGCCAGCAACACUGAGCCAAGCAAGCAACAAAAGGUCUUCUGAAAGCCCUACUACAGAUAUAACAGAGACAAGGGAUCAAUCUUCAAAUCUUGACAAGGGGCAUCAUCACAGUGGAAGAUCAAACUCAGAGAAAAACAAGAAUAGAAGAGAAUCGGACAAAUCAGGGUCAAAAGAAAGGACUUCAGCGAAUCCUACAACCUCCAUCUUCUCUCAUUUAUUCCAGGAACCACAGAAAGAAGAGGUCAGUUUAUUACCUGGUGCUCCUGUUGCCAUAGAGACACUGGAAAUGAGACUUUCUGGAGAAAAUAGAGUAGAAGAUUCAUUUGGACCAGAACUCCCUCCUGUGAUGAAAGAAUCAGCUGGAGGAAGUUUGAAAGGAAAUGGUGUUAUGCAACCAGAGCACCAAAAGUCAUACGAUGAAGGAAGAGGUGAAAAAGAUAGGCACAGAGAAAGGAAGAAAGAGAAAUACAGAGAUAAAGAAAAGGGCCAACACAAAGACAGACACAGAAGUAGAAGUAGGGGUGAUAGAGAGAGAAACAGCAGUGACAGGCACAAAAAGCACAAACAUACAAAGAGUAAGAAGUCUAAACACAAAAAGAAACACAAGAAAGAGAAAAAGAGUCACAAAAAGGAGAAGCAUACAGUGUCUUACAGUUCGUCUGAUGCCGACAGUGAAAGUGACAGCGACUCACCCGUGUCUAACCAGGAACUGUUACAACGGAUCAGAAUGGAUCCGGGUUUGGUUGUAGUGUGGAGCUUAUUGUUGACCGUGGUGCUGUCUGAAGAGUUGUUCGUGACUACCCAAACCUCGGUCUUGCACAUUGAUACAUCAACUUCACAAACAUCAACCAUUAUUACCAAGGAAAAUGGGCGUCUACUGGGUUUGGCUGCAGACUGGCGUGGGGGGAGGCUGUAUUACACGGACGUGUCACCUACAGGGGGCGGUAUCUACACCGCCAACCUACAGGGAGGGGACGUCAGAAAACUACCAAUUCAAUACCCUGACAUGGAACCCGUGGGGCUGGCGGUAGACUGGGUGUACGGACACCUGUACUGGACAGAUACCGUCUACAGGGCCGUUAUGAUGUCAAAUCUUGACGGCACGGGACGCGUUACCAUAGUGACAAAAGACCUGAUCAUCCCCCGUGGAAUUGCUGUCCACCCCGAUAGAAGAGAACUAUAUGUCGGCGACCAAGGAAAACAUGCUGUGCAGGUUUGUGGGUUGGAUGGAAGAAACUGCCGGGAACUCAACGUCACUGACGACAGCGCCACCUUCUGGCCAAAUCAGAUCGCUAUUGACUACUCAUCUCAAAAGGUACAUUGGACGGACGGGUGGGUACCAGCUUUAUACUCCUGUUCCAUUGGGGGCACCGACUGUCAGAGGAAGACUGGGAACCUCUCCACAGAACUUGGUUCUAACCCAGCGUUUGGUCUUGCUGUUGGUCAGAGUGGCCAGUUGUAUUUGUCCACACUCCACAACCAGUCGUUAUAUAGGUCCAGUCUUGAUCUUGAACUGACUAGCGUACAGAUAGACACGUCAGAAACAAAGACGUUCUUCUUGAUCAAAAAGGAAACGGGCUCUAGUCUACCAGCAGUCGUCACUACGAAUCCUUGUGCCACCAAUAAGGGGGGCUGCUCAGACAUCUGUGUUCCACACUCAGGGGACAACUUUACCUGCAUGUGUCCUGAUGGAUCGGGAAAACUUCCGGUCAACAAAAUGUGCCAAGCCCCGGACCAGUUUCUGCUCUUUACCGACAUAUCUAGGGGAAUUGUGGGAAUGGCUAGUGUUGACGAUUCUGAAAUGCAGACGACAAUUGCACGGGCUGUUAAACCUUUGGCAGUGAUUUACCAUCAAACUGAAAAAAAAGUUUACUUCGCUGAUGCUCGUCUUCGGGCCAUCUACAAAUGCAACCUAGACGGAAGUGACGUACAGACUGUACUAAACAGCUCGCAUGGAAUUGGCCAAGUGGAAGGUUUGUCGAUUGACUACCGUCAGAACCGACUUUACUUUUCCAACAUGGGUUUUGAGGAGUAUGAUGGGGUGCUGAGAUCAUGGCAUACUAUCGAGAUGGUGGACUUGGACACCAAACAAAGACGGACCAUUGUGACGUCAUUGGAGAAACCCAGGGCCGUAGUGGUGGACUCAGAGCGCCGAGUUUUGUACUACACCGACUGGGGAAGUGCAGGUCACGUGGGUAGGGUGGGUUUGGAUGGUUCCAACAAGGUGAUGCUAACUACAGCGGAGAACCCUAAUGACCUGAUUAUCUCUGACAAUAAGUUGUUGAUCAUCAACAACAAACAGCCCACAGCAGAAAUCAUAGAAAUAGACCUCGCCAACUCUGAUGGCGUAACAAACAGCCGUCAACUUUCCAACGUGGAGCCAAUGUCUCUGUCCAUAUCUGGGGGUAACCUGCUGGUCAGCUCUUUUACGGGAGGUCUCAGUAUCUACAGCAAGUCAAGUCUCAGCCAAACCUUUAGCUCCAUCCUCGGACAGUUUACACGAAUGACCGUGGUGGACACAACUAUAACUAAGCAACGAGAUGAAGGCGUAUGUUCGAAUUCCGAAUCCUGCUCUGGCAUUUGUGUGACUUCAUCACAGUCCACUUUUUUCACGUGUCUAUGUCCAACCGAUAAAUUCAACGAACAAACCAGCGACCGUUUAUCCUGUCAGAAACCAAACUCCUACUUAUUAUUUGCCGACAUAGACGGGAUCAAAAUGGUCCCACAAGGCAAUACGGGCGACAACCACGUCUAUACCAUAGUGUAUCCUAGCGCCGACUGUAGCCAUUUCUAUGGUCUUGUAGUGGAUGAUAAUCAACAGUAUAUCUACUUCAGUGCUUUACAAGGGAAUUCAAUUUUCCGCGCCAAUGUAGACGGUUCGAAUAUGGAAAAAUUUGUGACUGAUGCCAAUGGCAAAGUAACAAGUUUAGCUUUGGCUGGAAGCGACCUCUUCUGGACAACUACAAACACCAUCGAUAACUCCACCGGUGCUAUCGUUCACUGUAACACAGGGGAUACCAGCAGAACUGUCACUGUACUGAGGAAUACCACAACGGAACCUCUAGAUAUCGCAGCUGAUGAAAGUAACAUUUACUGGACAGAGAGAGGCAGGACUUCUGUGAUGCGGUUAGACAGACGUGAUACUGUAUUACGUUUCAUAACAGUCGGUGGCCAGACUUCUGCCAUUGGCCUCACUGUUCCCUCCAGACAUCUCCUGUACGCCACGGACCAGAGCGUGACAUUGCGGCGGUUUCCUGCCAGCUCUGGUUCAUAUCUAGUGGACACUAUAACAGAGGCAGGGGUGAGAAAUCUGAAGCCCACAAGACAAUUCCUUUACCUAUCUCGCUGGUGGGGGAACAACACGGGGUCGGUAACACGCCAUGACCUCAUCACGAAAAAAAAUUAUUAUGUCACGAACAGUACAAUUCGACCUGGACAGAUGGUUUAUAUAUCAGAUCAGGCAAUAAGUGUACAAGAUAAGGUGGGUAGCUGUCCCUCCAUUGGAUCCUGUUCAAGCACGACCUGUUUUCUGGACGUGGACUGUUACGGUAGCUCUAAAUGCUGUGGUACAAGUCAGUGUACCAGGUGUUCACCCCCAGAGAAAGGGUCAAAUUGUGUCAAGGAGGGAGUCUAUAUCGAGAAUUCUGGAGGUGCUGUGAAUAUUGGCUGUGAGAAAUGUUCGUGUUUGAAUGGUAAUCUUACCUGUGACCGACUUGCCUGUCCGGACCUGAGUUCGUGUCCCACAGAAUACAGAAAUCAACCAUCUGGGUCAUGUUGUCGUUCAUGCUCAGUAACAACAGCUUGCUCAAGUCCGCCAACAAUAGAAAACUGCCCCACCACUGCCAAGUCAUUUCUCCUAUCCAGUAACAGUGAUACGGUUAAUGUGACUCUUGAUGACGUCAUAUCAACAGCAACAUACGGGAAAAGUUGUUCCGGGCAGAAAUUAAACAUAGAUUUUAGUGAUACGUCUCUAAAAUAUCGACCAAACGUUCAAACGGUCACUGUAUCAGCUUCAGAUAAACAUGGCACCGCGACCUGUACAAUUUCUAUUCAUAUAAUCGAUGAUACAAAACCAGUAUUUGAAUCUUGUCCAGGUGAAGCGUUACAAAUAUAUGUAACAGAGAGUAAUAGGGUCGUCACUUGGCCCCCGGUCACAGCCAGAGAUAAUUCGGGCAUGGUGACGCUAACGCCAAAUCUGGAAAAUGGUGUCGAGCGGCCAGCUGGUUUAUAUGCUAUCAAUUAUGAAGCUGUAGAUGGUUCUGGCAAUAGUAAAGUGUGUACAUUUUCAGUAAAAGUCAUUAUGCUCCAAGCUUGCAAGAGUCCACCCAUCCCAUUCAACGGUCUUCUAAGUUGUAAAGACGCCACUGAGCUGACAUGUCAGUUGGAGAACUGUAAUACUGGCUAUUUGAACACUUUGUCCGUUACACCAACCCACACCUGUGAUCAGACUAGUGGACAGUGGGUCCCUCCGUUUCCUUCCAAUUUUACCAACGUCUGCGUCAAGCCCAGACCCUCAAUUAUUCAACGAGAGUAUAAUUUUGAGUUUAAUUGUCCAAAUUCCGAGUUCGAUGCCGGGGACCUACAAGAGUGUAUCUCCAACGCUCGCCUGUGUCCAAAAGAUGACAUUAAACUUUGUGACCGACCUUUCAAACGAAUUCAGGGCGUUGCUGAAUCAAACAGCCUGAUGAAUAUAAACAUGAAGAUGGAAGGAACGCUACCUUAUGGAGGCAACCUUGCGGACCUAACCAGCCGGAUGGACAGCGCGGGAGGAAUGAUCGAAGACUUCUUUCAAACUGGCAAUUUUAAAACAAAAUGUCCAAAAAUUACCUGUCCUUUCACAAAGGCUACGUCCAAGCCAGAUAUCAGGAAAUGUAAUAUUGGGUCAAAGACUUUCAUUGUACAGGGAAAGGAGAUUUGUGCACCAUGCCCUGCUGGAUGGUUUUAUAACACGGAUGGCGACUGCUCACAAUGCCCAUCGAAUACCUUCCAGGAAAGAACCGGGCAGACGAUUUGUACAGCCUGUCCUGUGGAAACUUCUUCACCGACCGGUUCUUUCCUCCAAUCGCAGUGUAUUCAGAGCUUAUCACAAAGUGGUGGCAACACUGACACCAUGAACAUGCUUACAAUCGUAAUCCCAGUGAUUGCCGCCUUGGUAAUACUUUUACUGGUUGUCGUGGUCAUCGCAUGUUUCCUGAAGAGAAAGAAGGCGUCUCAACAACCAUCCAAGAGAGAAGAGAAGUUUCAAAACCCAAUCUUCAUAGGCCAAGGAAAUGAUGCAUUUUCAGGUGGUCCUACUGUUGAGGAAUAUGACCAGAUUCCGGCAGACAAGAUGUUAUCAGAAUCCCAGAUUCAUAACUUUAAAAAAGUAGGAAGUGAAGGCGAUUACGAAAGUAGUGCAAACCUUCCUGGGCAAGACCACACAUACCAGGGUCUGAACGAGGCUAAAGGGGCAACGAACAAGGCGUUCGGCCAGUCUAACCACGACUCAUCGGAUGACUACGACUCCCCACAUGAUCCAGUUAGCAAUGACUAUGUGAUACCUUUAGCUUGAGACUGUGUAUCUCCUUUGUAUUGCAUAUUGGAUAAUCUCUUCGAUAAAAUGUCUUCUUUAUUCUUUAGACCAAAUUCACUUUCAUCUGUUUGCAGAAAUUAAACCAAUUGAGCACGAUUUUUUUUUUCUCUUGAUAAAAACUGUCUAUUUGUGAUGUUGUGUUGGAAGAAUUAAGCUUUGUUUCGCUUUGUUUCUUGGCAUGCUGCAUUAUUAUGUUUUGGAUCGAUACUUAAUUUGAAUGCUAAGCAUGUGAUACAUCUAUGGAACGUCGUCUCUUAUUACCCUCACAAAAAAAAAGCUUUUCUUUGGUCAAAGAUCAGAAUUUAAUUGAAUAUAUACUGCAGAACAAAUUUUUCAUGGAGUCACUAAAUUAAUAAUCAAAAACAAGUGCUAAAAUUAGAAUUGUCUUAUUCAAAUGAUACUUUCUUUUUAUAACAGACAAUCAAAAAAGUCCAUUAUAUAUGUAUCAUCUGAUCAAUUAAAAGGAAAAUAUUUUUUUAAAAAGCUUUUUUUCACCAUAGAAAGUAACGUAAAUGUUAAUGAAAAAAAAUUGCUUUUGCAAGUAUUAAAAUUCGUUGUACUGUGAAAUUAUUUUCAAAUGAUUUGAAUUUGUUUGUUCUUUUGUCAAAGAAUUUAUAAAAUAAUUCGGGGAAAAUCGAAUAAUGUAUUUUCACUUAAAAUAAUUAGGAUUUAUAUUUCCAUUGAAAAAAUAUCUGUAUUGUCCAUAUCUUAUGAUAGUACACGAGAGAUAAGCCAAAAUGUUUCAUUUUUGAAAAUUAUAUUUUGUAUUUUAGAGGAGGUUAUUAUUGUUUCCAGAAUGACCUUUGAAUUUAUUUGUGAAAGUUAAAUUUGUCACCUUUCCAGAUGUAUUUCAGCAAAGUGUCGUUUCAAUUGCUAUGUAUCGUUUGAUUACAUAUCCAGAAAAAGUAAAGAAAAUACACAACGACAAUAUAUAAUUGCAGUUUUUUGUUUUGCAACGAACGCAAAGAUGACGGACAUGAACAAUUUGUUUAAUUGAGAUAUAAUUGAGAUAUCAUGAUUAUUAGACUGAGUAUAAAGUUUGAUAAAACAUGGUAAUCAAUUGAAAUCGAAUAUUACUGGAACACAAUUAUUGGAUUGCGUGGUGUAUUAAAUCAUUGGAAUAGGUCAGACAUUAAGUUUUGUUCGUUUUUUCACUUCGCCUAUUUUCUUACUAGUGAUUAUUACCAAAAUAUUGGAUGUACAUGUGAGCCGCUGUGCAUUUUGUCGCAUGUCUCAAAUGAUAUGAUAUAAAUUUCAUCACUGGAGCUUG